GUCCAGGCAGUGAGACAGGGCAGCCCCAGUAGACUUCCCAGGCUGCCCUCUGGGAAGCAGGCAGGAAGGUUGAGUGUAUUACGUUGGCCCCGCCUCCUGAAGCUCUCUCCACAGCUGCUGGACUGGACACAAAAGCGUGAGGGACAGAGACACCAUCUCUGCUGAUUUGUACCCAACUCUAGUUCCAGUAGCUGAGAAGCUACAUAUGACAGAGAAGCUGGGGGGGCGGGGCACGUGGCUGUCUGCAUUUCCCAGGUAUCUUGAGCCAAGUCAAAGGUCUGUGUCGGAGAAGCAGGGACAGAAGGGCCUGCACAUAUGGCACAGGUGGACCCCCAGGAUGGACAGGGUGAGGCAUCUCCUCUCUGCAGCUAUGACCCCCGGAUGCUACGCAUGAACUUGGAGAGUGAGGAUGAGGACCAUGGACAGGCAGGAGACAAAGAGGGCACUGGUGACACUGGUCAGUGGGCCCAUUCAAGGCUCAGCUCCCAAGGGACUCAGGACAAAACUGACUUGCCACGGCAGCAUCCGUUCCACAAAAAGGAAGAGAAAUUCUCUGACUCCUUUAGUGCAGGAGUCGUGGGGAAGAAACCCAUGGCAAUGCCUAGGAAGAAGGCCAGCUGGGAAAGAGACGAGUCAAAGAUCACCCUGACUCAGGACUCCCCCAGAGCAAGCACAACUCCCAGUGGCCUCCCCAGCAGCUUCUCACACAAGGGGUUCGGUCAGGUGCAACCUCCUAGGGACCCAUUACCUGCUGGCAAUGAUGGAGACUGGAGGGCAAACCUGGACACUGCUCUAGGUAUCCCAUCCAACUUCCCUGGUUCUGGAAGAUAUUUCUGUGCACAGAAAGGGGUAGACAAGUCCCCAGACAGCUCCUCUCCAGCUUGUGUCCCCAAGGCGGCGGGCAGUUGGGACCCGUCCACGCAGGAGACACAUAUACCAGCCCAGGGGUCGGCCACCCCAGCCAACCUGGCAGCGGAGGCGCUGGCCAAAGUGCGGAAGGGCUUUAAGGACCAGAACCCGGCGGGCGCCGGGGAGGGCGGGCAGAGGGAGGCGUGUCCCCACAAGCGCCGGUGGGGCGGGCAGGCCUUCCAGAAGCCGCCUGGCGCCAAGCCCUACGCGUGCGAGCUGUGCGGGAAGGUGUACUCCCACCGGGGCACUCUCCAGCAGCACCAGCGCGUGCACUCGGGCGAACGACCCUACCGGUGCCCCUUUUGCGACAAAGCCUACACGUGGUCCUCGGACCACCGCAAGCACAUCCGCACACACACGGGCGAGAAACCCUACCCUUGCCCGGACUGCGGCAAGGCCUUCGUGCGCUCCUCCGACCUGCGCAAACACCAGCGCAACAUGCACAGCACCGACAAGCCCUUCCCGUGUGCCGAGUGCGGCCUGACCUUCAACAAGCCGCUGUCGCUGCUGCGCCACCAGCGCACGCACCUGGGCGAGAAGCCCUUCCGCUGCCCCACCUGCGACCGGGAGUUCGCCGUGGCCAGUCGGAUGAUGGAGCACCAACGCGUGCACUCGGGUGAGCGGCCCUUCCCCUGCCCCACCUGCGGCAAGUGCUUCACCAAAUCCUCCAACCUGAUCGAGCACCAGACGCUGCACACGGGCCAGAGGCCCUUCAAGUGCGCUGACUGCGGCGUGGCCUUCGCGCAGCCCUCGCGCCUCACGCGCCACCAGCGCAUCCACACGGGCGAGAGGCCCUUUCCUUGCGCGCAGUGUGGCCAGGCCUUUGCGCGCUCCUCCACCCUGAAGCGGCACCAACAGAUCCACUCCGGGAAGAAGGGCUUCCUCUGCGCCGAGUGCGGCAGGGCUUUCCGUAUUGCCUCGGAGCUGGCCCAGCACAUUCGAGUGCACAACGGGAAGAGGCCCUACCAGUGUGAGGACUGCGGCCAGGCCUUCACCCGCUCCAACCACCUCCAAAGACACCGAGCCAAGCACCGCAGCUGCAAGAAGGAGCCCAUCCCCUCCUCCUCGGACGAGUGAGGGCUCCAUCAGCUGACUCUCAGGGAAGGUGAAGACAUGGCCGACCUCGGAUGCAGUGACGAAAAAAACUAGCCCAUUCUGCCCUCAAAGCCAUGUGCAAAUACCGAGAAGGUCCGGGCUGGUCCUGUCUAGAGAAAGGUACUUUUCUGUUUUUAUGUAAAUAAAGGAAUCCCCAGAUGUGGUCUCUAUGGAGGAAUCUUCCAAAGCAGCAAAUUAUACCUGGGGGUAACUCAAACCCAUCCGAAUGGCUCAGCAUUUCACUUUCCUAACGAAAUGACUUUACCCUGGGGAAUGUCUGAGUCAUGGCUUUGAAUUAGAGACGGCCUUUAUCUUAAAGAGAGGGGCGUUUAUGUCCUAUAUUUGGGACCUAGUUAUCCUAGAAAUCCAGAACAGCCUUAGCCUCUGAAAAAGAAGAAGCCCGCUUCUCUUCACAGUGGAGCUUACUAACUGGAACUAAUCAGAGUCUCAGCCGCAAAAUUCACAGGUGCCUCCUCUCUGGCUACCUCUUCUCCUGUUUCCACCCUGGGAGCUUCAAUCACAUGCUAUAUUUACAGAGGAAUCUGCCCAUUUACAGAGACAUAUACAAAAUUUCUCCCUAUGGGCUUGACCAUGGUUCGGGAAGCCUUUUAGAUUCAUUUAAACUUGCCAGGAUCAAGAGCUCCAAUGUGAAGUAAAUAAAAUAAAGGACCCCUUGCCCAAGUGCAAUCAGCUUGUUUCACCGUCAUUAAAAACAGGUUUGCAAACCUACGUGACUCGCAGUUAUUCUCGAACAAGGUUAACCGAAAUUUGCAUUACUAACAGCCAUCCUUAGAGAUGUACUGCUACAUACAUUGAUUUUGUAUAGUUUAAAAGUCAGUAGUUCUUAGCUCUGGACCUCAAGCGGGAGGAAUCCGUGACUUCACAGAGUUCCGUUGACGCACGCAGGUAAACGACACUUCUCAUCUUACCAAAGUUAAAGAAGGCACUCCACAAAAAGGUGCCAGUUCUUUGAAGCAUAUUUAUUUGCUUCUGAGUUCGCCCCAGUGCCAAUUACUUGAGGAUACCAGAUAACUUUGCUCCUUCUGUACUGAUUACUUCUGUCAGCACCAAGAUAGAAAUACAAAGCUAAAACAUCGAGAAAAAACCCUGAGGGAAAAGAGAGGAGAGAAGGUGGGAAGAGAAGAGAGAUCUUAAAAAGAGAAAUGGGUAAAAAAUCUAGUUCAUGAAGCAGGAAAUGGAAUGUAGAGUCUGGUCAUGAAUCCCAAGUAAGUACCUUGAGGAGAAGGAUCCCGACACAGCAAGGGAAAUACGAAGACCUAAGGGUCAGUCAUUGUUCAGAUCAAUGAACAAGAAAUUGGGGUUUGGAGGCUAAGAUGUGGAAUGAUCAGUUCAAACCCAUAUUCCAAGGCAGCAGUUACAUAUACUUCUGACGACCUGGGUCCGGAAGGCACCCGGGAAAAUGUUUUUGUUUAUCUUGAGUGAGUUUGACAUAUGACCAUCUUUAUGAUCUGUUUAAGUUCUUUUGAUUCUGCUCGAUGGAAACAGGUGCACCAGAGCUGCAACGCAUCUUUCUUGGUCUCCCAUCAGGUACUCAGUGAAGCACAGGGAACAGAAGAGAGUUCCCAGUAAUAAUGCUCCUUCCCCUAACUGGUCCUGCUUUAUAGACAGAAAGUGAAGAACCAAGAUGGGUUUCUGUGGCUCUUCCAAGAUUUGAGGAAGGUGUGAAGCACGCUCAGCUGCAACGUGGGGCUGUGAAUGCCAACACUUAGAAGGCUGUAUUAAUCAAACAAAAUUAUUUUGCUAAUAUGUAUUCACAAUGUAUAGUCACAAUCACCUAUUUUUAAAAAACUUAUUUCUUUUUGGGGGGCAAUAAAGAUUCUAUGUAUUGGGUGAAAUACCACAUUAAGUUUAGAGCUUUAUAAUACUAGGAUUUUCUUUGUUUUAUUUAAUGUUUUGAGGAAUUCUGAUGCUAACAGGGUUAGAUCUGGGAAAGGGACUGAGUCAAAUGCCAUUGGAGAGAUCAUUGUAUGCAAAGAGGCUCCUGAAUGCCUGUGGAAUAUGUCCUUGGCUGGAUCAAACCUCAAAUCAACAUCUUACCCAUUGCUCUGUCUUAGCAUGCUGGCAGCCUUCCUUCAGAAGGCUAAAGGAAGAGCAGGGAGAAAGACACAGGUCAGGUAUCUUAUGUGGACCUUAUUCAUGUUAUCUUAUUGAAUAACAACAGCCUAUAAAGUGGGCAUUGCCAUCUUCAUUUUACAGAUGGUGAAGCUGAGGCUCAGAAAGCAAGAAUUACAGCUAAUAAAGUGUAGACCUGAGAGUCUGACCUAGUGCCUUUCCAAGGUGCAUCCUCUAUACUGUUCUAUCUCAAUGUGAGGCCUAGGAAAGAAGGUAUUGGAGGGGUGACCUUCCUGAGCUGACGUUUUAGCUUAUUCCAUAUUAGCCUCCACUGCAUUUCGCAAGGAUCCCCUCCGAAAUUAUUUAGUCAGUGAGCCUCCACUGAGAAACAAAUGACUGACAUACAGGAAAUGUACAUGUAGGAACAUAUAGAAAAAUAUUCUCACAGAUAAUAAAAAAACAUGCACAUUGAAACAGUGAUGAGAUCUUAAAUACUGGACCUUCAAGUCAUCUGCGCCCACACCCUAAGUAUGCAUGUGCUUGUUUAUGAGCCUGAAUUCCAGCCUGAAUUCAAGGAAAUUGCCUGGGAAUUCCCAGCCCUUGUUUCUCCUGACCUUCUGGCACUCUAAUCCUGCUCCAGCUUCCAGCUUCGUGACCUGACCUUAUCUCUGGAGGCCUGUCUGUGCAUAUCCUACCUGAUAAUUGGGUCCUAGCUUGAUUCUUUGAAUUUCCUCUAGUCCAUUCCUUUGGCUACCAAGGAACUGCCCACCCCAGGCUCAGUCCUGAGGAAUCUAAUCUGGCCGCAGCCAUUCAGUUGACUGUGUUGGCGUCAGGAGCUGGGGUGAGAAUGCUGACAUUUUGUCUAAAUGUUGUGAGGGACUCUCCAUGCUCUUCUGGCAAAAUUUAAUUUACCCAUUGGCAUGCUCCACUUUCAGUUUAUGGGAAAUGGGAUAUAUGGGAAAACAGUAUUCCAGGAUCAACUGCCCACACCAUUGGCUCAAUUACCAGAAGUAAUGAAGGAGUGUUAUCACUGCCUACAAGCCUUAUGGAAUUUUACUCAGCCUGUCACUUUCUCUCGGGUGUUCCAAGUAAGUAUGCGGCUUCUCAGGAAGUGUUUUUGGUCUGAGCAAUGUAAGACUUGCUACAAAGACCAAAAAAACCCAAAAAACCCACAAUUAUAUAUGGCAGAGCUAUAGACUUCAUGACAAGAGCCUUUGUCCCCACCAGAGGACACAUUUACUUUGUGAAUCUGUGGCUGUUGCCCUUCAUAAUUUUUUUCACAUAUACUUCCAGAAGGUUCACUGGGCUCUCAACUUUACCCAGGGUGUGGGGGCAUAUCUUCAUCAUAAGAGUUAGUGGGACUAUAUACAAGUGACCAAGCCUCCCUGUGCCAUAGUCUUUUCAUUAGUAAACUGGGGAUAAUAAUAGUACCUACUUGAGAAUUGUGAGAAUUAAAUGAACAAAUGCAUGUAAAGAGCUUAGAAGGUACCUGGCAUGUAAUAAGCACUCAGUCUAGGUUAGCUGUUGUUGGUGCUCUACUCCCUUCAGGAAUGAACAGUAAAGGCCCUUCGGCUGUUAACAUUUCUCAAGGGGAUGAUGCGGGACAGUCAGUUUCUGCUCCUGCAUCCCCAAGUAACUUCCUCUAGUGAGGUCUUGGAGCACAGUACAAUCAGAUUUUCUAUUGGCGGCUUUUCUAUAAAGAAAGUCACUGGUGUUUGGUGAAGUGAUGUGUAAAGUGACCCCAAAGUGGAACUCCUCAUCCAGCCCCAGAAGGAAAGUGGAUAUUCGUCUACUCAUCAGUGGGGAAACCUGCAUGUUUCUAGGAAGGGAGGUUGGCAUGUUACUGCUAUAAAAUCUUGUGAGUGGCUUGCAAUGCCAUCUUGUGGAGGAAAGGACCCUUCUAGUUAGGUUUUAGACCACAUUCUGCCCCUAAAAUAUUUUACCUUGGAAAAAUCACUGAUGUAUCUAUGCCUUUUUUUAUCACUUCAAAAUUGGGCAUUAAAAUAGAUGAACUUCGAAGUCCCUACCAGGUCUAACAUCCUAGAAUUAUGUAAUUUGUGAAUCACCAUGGUUUAGGAAAAUCUUAAGUAAAUAGAUCUCUUCUUUAUGUGGGGUCCACACUCAUAAUGCCUGAACACCUUAUUAAAUAUUAGAGGAAAAAAAAACCCAACAGAUAGGCCGUUUGGCUAUUUUAAGGCCCUAUUAACAUAACUUCACAGGACAUUUGGUAACUGACUCUUAUAAUUCUGCAGCUCUAAGUGCAAGAGUGUUCUCAGAACAAACUUAGAGUGAGGGUAGAUGAGGGAGAAAAUGAGUAUAUAUCCACAUCUCAGUACACGGUACCAAACUCUGCAGUCACAUUGUACAUUGUCUGGGCCAGAAAUUGAUGAGAUGCACCUGAUUCAGAUGAGGACCUCCCCAGCACAUAUCCUGCUUAGCCAUUAGAAACAACCCAAAUGCCUAUCGACAGGCAAACAGAUCAAAAAUAGUGGCAUAUUCAUGAUUGAAUACUAUAUAGAAAUGACAAAGAAUGAAGUACUGCUACAUGCAACAAUAUGAAUAAAUGUCACAAACACAGUAGUGAUCAAGAGAAGUCAAACACACACACACAAAACACAAACUGUGUGAUUCCACUUAUAUAAAACUGUAAAAAAGGAAAAAGCUAAAAAAAAAAAGCUAAAAAAAAAAGGAAAAAGCUAAUAUAUGAUACUAGAUAUCAGGUAGUAGCUACCUUUGGAGAAGAGGGUGGAAAUUAGGCAGGGCAUUGUAGGCAGAUAGGGUAGGGGAUUCCUGAAGGAAGAGAACCAGAUGUAACUUUUUAAAUAUAAUUUUUAAAGGUUACAGUCCAUUUACAGUUAUUACAAAAUAUUGGCUAUAUUCCCUGUUUUGUACAAACACUUUGUAGCCUACCUUACACCCAAUAGUUUGUACCUCCCACUCCCCCACCCCUAUGCUGCCCCUCUCCACCCUCUCCCCAGUGGCACCCACUAGUUUGUUCUCUAUAUCAGUGAGUCUGCUUCUUGUUAUAUUAACUAGUUGAUUGUAUUUUUUAGAUUCCACAUGUAAGUGACAUAGUAUUUAUCUUUCUCCAGACAUAACUUUCUUGACCUAAGAGAAGCCAUUUUAGGCCUAAGCUAUUUUGUGAUCUCAGCCUGGCCACAAGUGCUUGUUCUUGACCAGGCCAAGGAAAUAACCAUACUGGGGACAAUAAAUCAGUUGUAAAGAAUCCCAUUUCUGUUUCGAAGGUAAAGAUUAGCCUGAAGCACAUUCCUGAGCUAUUCUGCAAGCUCUAAACCCCCCUUGAGUACUCCACCACCAGACUAACUGGAACCUAAGGAAUGAUGAAGCUGACCUUUGCUGACCUUUGAGACUUCAAUCAACUAGAGCCAGGACUCUGUCAACCUUUGCCCCAAUUCUAAGCUGCAUUCUCCUCCGCUCAAGCCCCUCCAUGAAUAUGCACAUACUAUCCCGCCCAAGCCCCUUCGCGUAAGGAAGUACCCUUAGCUUGAAACUUCGCUCAUUUUGCUGUUCAGGGAAAUACUACCUCCGGAAAUUUCCUCGGUGUUCUCCCAACUUGUUGUGAGCAAUAAAUCCUUCCUUCCUUCUGCUCUUUUGCUUGGUUGUGUCUUGGCUUGACACCCACCAAAGAGCGAAUCCAGUUUUCAGGUAACAGCUUGAGGGAGGCUACCUGGAUAUUUAUAAUACUCUAUUCCUUCAUCCAGGAGAUAGUUACGUGGGUGUGUGUACUUCAGGAAAAUCCAUCAAGCUGUACACUUAAAAUACAUGGUUUGAUAACAUCAAGGAACAUUUUUAUGUUUUUU